UUCAAAACAAAAGAGUCGAAAAGCCAACACAAACCCAACCUCAAUGGGACUUCUUCAUUGUCCCUGUUGCCACUCACAGCACCAAAAUCCACAACCUCAAACCUCCCACCACCUUCAUUCAGAAUCAUCAACCUCAUCCUCCCUCUCUUCACAACCAAGUCUUCCUUCAGUUCCCUCUCUCACCCCACCCUCUCAUCAUCCUCAACAACACCAACCCACACACCAUAAACUCAUCACUACCAUCAAAGGCCACACCUCACCCGUCUUCUCCCUUUCUCUCCACGGCAAGUUCCUCUAUAGUGCCUCUUCCAGCAGCGAAAUAAGAACAUGUUUUAGAGACCCUUUUGCUCUCCAAACCUCAAACAACACCACCAACGUUGUAGCAACCAGCAAAGGAGCCAUCAAGUCACUCUUAGUUUCCAACGACACGCUAUUCAGUGCUCACCAAGACCACAAAAUUCGGGUUUGGAAAAUCGAAACCAGCGAUCCAAACCAUAGGUACAAAUGCAUAGCUACCCUUCCCACGUUCAAUGACCGUUUUUCAAAGAUGUUUUCUUCCAAGAACUACGUUGAGGUUCGACGGCACAAGAAGUGCACGUGGGUGCAUCACGUGGACACUGUCUCUGCUCUUGCUUUGUCCAAAGAUGGAUUUCUUCUUUACUCUGCUUCGUGGGACAGAACAUUAAAAAUCUGGCGAACGUCGGAUUUCAAGUGUUUGGAGUCUGUGAGGAAUGCACACGAGGAUGCCAUCAAUGCCUUGGUUUUGUCCAGUGAUGGGGUCGUUUACACGGGUUCCGCAGAUAAAAAGAUAAAGAUGUGGAAGAAGAAUGAGGGUGAGAAAAAGCAUUCACUUGUGGGAACAUUGGAGAAGCAUAAAUCUGCUGUGAAUGCGUUGGCUCUUAACUCAGAUGGGUCAGUGUUGUAUUCGGGUGCGUGUGACAGGUCAAUUUUGGUGUGGGAGAAUGAUGAUGAUAAUAAUAAUAAUAAUAAUAUGGUGUUGGUGGGGGCUUUGAGAGGGCACACAAAGGCUAUAUUGUGUUUGGUGGUGGUGACUGAUUUGGUGUGUAGUGGAUCGGCUGAUAACAGUGUUAGGAUAUGGAGGAGAAGGGUUGAGAAGAGUUAUUCGUGCUUGGCGGUGUUAGAAGGUCAUACACGACCUGUGAAGUGUUUGGCUAUGGUUGUUGACUCUAAUAAUGGUGGUCCUGAUGAUGAUAAUACUAGUUCUUAUCUGGUUUACAGUGGUGGUCUGGAUUGUGACAUUCAAGUUUGGCAAAUUCGCGUUCCUCUGAUUUGAUUCUUUUUGUAACUAUUACUUUUUUUUCUUCCUCCCCUAUAGUGAUUUUUAAAUAGAAUGAGAAAACGUUCACAUACUGUUAUGGUAGUUGAUUUUUUUACCCUAUUUUUACUCGUAGCGUUUUCACUACAUUGACACAAAAUGAAGAGGGAGAUUUGGAGAUGGAUUCAUACCCUCAAAUUUCUUGCGUGUUAGUUUUAGACUUUCUCAUGUAUAUAUAUAAUCUUCCCAGUCUAAUAAUAUAUUUGAAU